GAUGCGCUGAAGAUAUUAUCGGCAUGAGAUGGAAGCAGCCACCAUUCGUUCAAUGCAGCAGGUCGGGCCAACCGGACAACGGGCCGACUCUGGCCCAUCGCCUCAGCCGCCGCCGCCUGGAAUGUCGUAUCAGCAGCGCGUUCAAACUGCGACCGCUGCUCAAAUUCAUCGAACGGCUGAUACGACACAGGGUUAUAGCAAGGGAGGGCCGUCGCCGUCACAGUCAGUGCCUCGAUCAGCGGCAAGUCCAUUGUCACCACCAAGGCCAGGUCCAGGGGCUGCUGGAGCCGCGAAUUAUCCAUCAUUUGGAGGCGCUCCGGCCAGAGAAGCUCCCUUGCGAUAUGUGCAAAAUAACUCGUACGUCCCUGCCUUCAUACGGGAUGCGAGUCCGUUCACCCGCGUCUCACAGGUACAGCAAGUUGUUGCUGAGUACCGUCAGGUGGUUCCUUCCUCGGUUAUUGGAGCAGCGAACGUAGUGCCCAAUAGCAUAAUUCCCCCAUCUAUCAGCAUUGUCAACAAUAUGGAUGUGGUGCCGCUGCAUUCGACAUCACAUCACAUCCAGCAGCAGCAACAACAACAGCAGCAGCAACAGCAGCAGCAGCAGCAGCAACAGCAGCAGCAGCAUCAACAGCAAACCACUCCAAUUCCAUCGCAACCGUCUUCGGUUUCUUCCCAGCAAGUGGGAGGAGGAGCCCAGAUGAUGGUGGCAUCAGUGACGCAACAACAACAAGCGCCCCAACCACCACAGAUUGUGAUGCAGCAAAUUCCCCAACAAACGUCCACCAGGCCCCGCAUUUCGUUGCUUCAUCCAAAUCCAGAUUACCAUCUGCAAACGGCGCGAUCGGUGGUCUCGACACUACCGGAUAGCACGGGGCCACCCGCAUUUAAAAAGAUUCGAUUAAAUGAAGUCGUCGGUUCGCAGCAUCCUCCGCCGGUUGUGGGUUCCGUACCACUAUCAGUUGGUAGUGGUGGCAGCAACGCAACCACUUUGCUGAAGGUUGAUACACGGGAAUCGCCGGUUGUGAUGGUGCCCUCGGGUGCAUACCAUCCGCAAGUGGAAGCCAUCUCUCCUACACUGCCCAGUGAUCCUAUGGAAGAGUUACGAGCCACAAAGGACGAACUGUUGCAACAGAUCGCCAAGGUGGAUAACGAAAUUGAUAAAGCGGAGAAGAAGAUUGCGUCACUGAAGAAGAAGCAGGAAUCCCUCGAGGAAGCGUCUGCUAAGCCGCCGAUCGAAGAAAGCUCCUCGGAGGCACAGCCUAAGCACCGUAACCUAGCGCAGAAAAUUUAUGCGGAAAAUCGCAAACGUGCCUCCGCAGCUCAUGCCGUCCUUAGUACGCUCUGUUCAAUCGGAGCUGACCCUCUCCCGCUGUAUAAUCAACCGUCAGAUGCGGAGGUGUGCCGAGAGGUACAGGAACGCCAUCGGAUGUUUAAACAGCGGCUGCUGUUGCACUUCCGGAAGAUCAAAACUGAGCGUGCGGCAAAGCAGUGCGAGAUAACGGAGCGUUACGCCCAGUUAUCACAGGAAUGGACCAAGCGCGUCGAUAAGCUGGAGGCGAGCGCCAAGCGUAAGGCAAAGGAGGCCAAGAAUCGCGAGUUCUUCGAAAAGGUUUUCCCGGAGCUUCGAAAGCAGCGGGAAGAUAAGGAGCGAUUUAAUCGUGUAGGUUCUAGAAUAAAAUCCGAAGCCGACCUUGAAGAGAUCAUGGAUGGUCUUCAAGAACAGGCCAUGGAGGAUAAGAAAAUGCGCUCAUAUGCUGUGAUUCCACCUUUAAUGUUAGACUCCAGACAAAGAAGGCUAGUGUUUAAUAAUGAAAAUGGAGCGCUGAUAGACAUGGAAACGGAAUUUAAGGAGCGGUUAAGUUUGAAUGUGUGGACAUCGGGAGAAAAAGAAUUUUUUCGGGAAAAGUUUUUGCAGCAUUCGAAAAAUUUUGGCACAAUUGCAGCCAGUUUGGACAGGAAAAGUGCCCAGGAUUGUGUGCGAUAUUACUACCUCAGUAAGAAGACGGAAAAUUAUAAACAGUUGUUAAGAAAGUCCCGACAGCGAACAAGAAGCUCUAGAAACCCUCAAAAAUCCAACCAGCAGCAAACACAAUCAAUUGUGGAUGCAAUGACUACUGGUGUUACGACAAGACUACAACGUGAACAACAACAAAAGACUGUAGGCCGUGAUCGCGCCGCGAAUUCAACAAAUAGUACGAUAGGAAGUAAUGCGACAUCCAAUGUUGUCAAUGUCACUACAAAUCCGUCAUCAAAUACCGUGCCCGUCAGCAGUAAUAAUGGGUGUAGUGGCAAUAAUAUCAACAGCAACAGUAGUAAUAAUAGUGUUACUAAUACUAACGCGACCAACGAUGUCACUGGCACGGGUAACAACGGCAGCAGCAUUAGCGGUAGUUGCAUUACCAAUUCUUCGUCCCUAUCACCCAGCGGUUAUAGUGUAUCUGCCUCGAUCACUGCAUCAACCGUGGCAUCUGCUUGUGGUAACAAUAAUAACAACGCCAGCAGUGGUAGUACUAACAGCAGUAACAGCAGCACUACAAUUUUGGGCAGCGCAAAUGAGUCAAAUGUGAACAGCAAUGGAGCUAAUGUCAGCAACAGUAGCUGUACGACUGGUGGAGAUUCAAUGGAGGUGUCUACGAAGAUCAAUGAAAAUGAAUUGAACCCAUCGACGGGCACCACAGUGGUGCACACGACAACGGGGACUGCUGGUGGAGUAACAACGAUAACGAAUGUAGCUGCGUCUGGUGAGGGAUCCACGAACAAUGAUCCUGGAGCGGAUGUACUAUUGUCAAAAUCUUCAAACACUGUUAAGGCUGUUAGUGGUACAGGUAUCACAUCCACCGCAACACCGUCUGGAAAGGUUGAUCAACUAACAGUGCAACCACCGAUUGCAGGAUCCGCAAAUGCAUCGUCUGUGGAAAAUAGUAUUGGAGUAUCGUAUGUUAUACCAUCCGCUACAAUAGCGUUGUCUAACAUUCCGAUAAACGGCGUGAAACCUGAUUUGCUGUCCUUAAACUCAACCGCAAACCAAUCUUUACCAUCGACAGUUGAGUUAACGCUCGGGUCGGUGGUAGCAAGCGUUGUAAGUAGUAAACUUGGCAGUGUUAAAGACGAUCUCCAUCACCUGAAAGAAGAAAUUAAUGCAAGUGACUCAUCGAACAAACGUAAGGAUGACAAUAUUAACGAAUCAAGCGGUGCUGCUGACAUCCAGGAAGACAAAACAAAUGCUACAGGUGCCCUACACACGUGUUUCAUCUGUAAGGCAGAGCUAUGUUCACGAACCCGGCCCAUUGAGCGAAGCCGUGCCGCACAAUACGGUAUAUCGGAGGCGGAGAUACCUGUUGGAGCCAGAAUUUGCAACAGUUGUCAAUGCAAAUCGGUGAAAUCGCGUUACACUCACUGUCCACUUCCGACAUGCCCGAAUCCAAAAGAUCGCGUGAAGCGUUUCCGCAAUCUUCCACCUCGGCUGUUCGAAUUGGCCCCCGAAAUACGUGAUCCGAUCGUGCAGGAGCUUCAAAUACCGCCAAAUGUAAGCAAAUGCUGUUCGGCGUGCUUGACGCGUAUUCGUCGCAAAAUGGGUCCACAUCUACUCGGCAACACCAGUCUGACGGAUGAUGAGGUGAAUCGAUUGAAAAAAUUACUGCAAGAACAUGGGCCCAAAUGGAACCAAUUUGCAGAGUCACUGUCGAAACCAGCUCUUGCGCUGAAGAGCUGCUACUUUCACUAUCAGAAAAAGUAUGGGCUUGAUGUAGCGCUAAAUGAAUACUAUAAGCUGCAUCCGAGUGAGGAUCGCCGAUCGGUAAUGACGGAUGGGGAUGAGUCGGACCUCAGUGCUGGAUCGUCGUCGUCUGAUGAGCGGGAUGGUGGCAGUGACACAACAGCGUCGGCCGAAAGUCCAACUAGUGGCAAUGCAGGAGCAAAUAAUGUUACAAUCGGAAAUGCGGCACUGGGGACGAAAGGCAAUAGUAGUGGCAUCGUUAGUGACGGAACAUCUCUUUCGGAUGGUGGGACUGCAACGAAGCUAGACGAAGGCGGAAUAAUUAUGCUAGGUGGUAGCAAUGUUGCAGCUGGCGUUAUUGGCAAUAGUAACAAUAGCGGCAGUAGCGGUAGCGAAGUGGCCAUUUCGCUUGCUCCACCACCGAAAACCACCGCCACCAUCACUGGAUCUUCUUCAUCUACAUCUUCGGGGGGCAGUGGCGUAGCGUACGAGGAUGAUCGCUUGCUUCCACCUGGUCAACCUCAGCCAAGGAAACCAUUGCGUCAUACAGAGGAGUACGAUAGUUCAGCGACGGAAACAGCGGACGAAGAAAACGAAUCAUCUCCGGCAAACAGACAGAGUCCUAAAGUUUCUCUACCACAUCCACCUAUACCGCAUUCACACUAUCCGCCGCCAUUACACCAUAGCACUGGACUUGCAAUGUUGCACAACUCCAUCACCGCCACACAGCAACAGCAAUCGAAUGGUCCUCGAUCAAAUGCAAUCAGUGGAGUUGGUGGCGUUGGAGGUAGUGGUAGCGGUAGUGAACUACAUAAUGUACGGGACGUGAUGCUAAACGUGAUUGAAAGAUCCUUGAAGAAUAAUUCCUUGACACCAGCCGGUAAACCACCUCCGCCGGGAUUACGUGAUUUACAAUUUGGACCCAGCGGCACUCCUCCAGUUCCUUCUGGGCAGCAAAUCCAACCAGUACCUGGUUCUGCGUCGUCCGUGUCUUCAUCCGGCACAAACUCUUCGGCUACAACAUCAUCCAUGAUUAGAGAUUAUCGCGAUGGUACGAAGGUAAUGCUUACCUCAGCGGCAGGCGUUUCUCAAACGUUGGCAGGGAGUUCCACUGUAUCAUCAUCUCAAUCUGCGCAGCAACCCAAUCAGCAUUCGAUGCCAGUGUCUACGUUAGGUAUUACGGUGGUAAAUUCUCAUGGACAAAUAAUUGCUUCGCCAAGUCAACAGCCUCAUUCAUCUUUACCGCCACCACUCGUCGGUGGUCAUGUACAGUUAAGUCAUCAUCAUGCAUUGGGUGGUCAAAUUCCGGCUACUAUCACACCAAUUCCACACUCCAUUCAUCUUGGAGCAUCGUCCAGCUUGAAUUCUUCGGUAGCGCGUGCGCCGAACGAUGAACCACAGACGUUGGAUCUCAGCAUUAAGAAAACACCUCGGACGGAAGCAGUGGCCGCUGUAACAGCAUCGACAACAAAAUCAAUGGAGGUUGGCAAUAGCAGCAGUGGUGGCGGAGGCAACUUUCCACCACCGCCGGCCCACAGUCACAGCACUAGCAACCACCACAGCGGUCCUUCUGUUGGGAGCAAUGGUACGGGUGCAAGCACUGGCAGCAACAACAACGUUAACAACAAAUUCCAUCUUGGUCACCCAGGACCUCCAAACUCGCAUGGUGCGUCUGUUACCGUUUAUCGGACGGAUGGUGGCACAUUUCCGGGACCUAGCAUUCCAUCAUCAUCCGCUGUUGCAGGAGUUGGCCCCUACGUGAGCUAUCACCCGCCCGUGUCCGGGGCUUCUGAUGCACUGGGUAGGCCGCUAACAAAAUCGCCAUCUGGUGCUGGUGCGACGUACCUAACCAUACCGCUAGGCACUGGACCGGGACAGAGUGGCACGGGUAUAUCGAUGCAAGUUUCCACCGGAUCGGGACGUCAGUCAACGUUGUCUUCCCUUACGCCGCCUCCACCGCUGUCUGGUAAUGGAGGUCCAAAGGGUAAAAACACUCCCAAGUUGAGUCCUAAGUUGUCGGGUAGUGGUUCAGUACCCAAAGGAGGUUCCAUUACACAUGGUACACCGGUAAAUGUGAAUCAGCAACAACAACAGCAGCAGCAAAGCCAGUUAAUCAUUCAGGGUCAACCGUCAUCGUCGGCAACAUUAAGCCCGCGGUAUGAAAAUCAUCUUCUUCGUCAAACUCCUCCAUCAUCGGUUGCUUCCAGUGGUCGCCCAGGUGCUUCAUCAUCACCCGUUAUAAUGAGUGACAAGUUCAUCGGCUCCAUAACCCAAGGAACUCCUGUGCAUGGUGGUAGUGGAGGACUGUUGCCUGACAAACGCUCCAACGCGUCAGCAUAUGAUUACAAGCGACAGAGUCCGGCACAAACGAUAGUGGUUCCUGGUGGAGGUCAUGUCCUGCCAAUUCAAUUUAGUCCCUAUGGGGCUGGAGUUCGUGGCGGUAAUACCGGAAAUGGUAAUGGAGCUCCAGGUGUUGCAGGGUACCCUUCAUUGGAACAAACUUCCCAGCAGCUGAGUUCACGGCAAAUCAUUAUGAAUGAUUAUAUAACCUCGCAACAGAUGCAAGGUCGAACUACUGGGGCAGGCGGUAGUGGAGCAGUCGGUUCAUCUGGUGUUGUACCUUUGGUAGUAAACGCAGCUGCCGGCGGCCGUUCUGGGAAAGAAUCCCCAUUGCCACGAAAUGUUGGUGGCAGCGUAGUGGGUGUUCCCGCUCCACUGUCCAUUCCGCCAGGAUCGAUUUAUGGUCUGGUAGGAAGCAAUGUGGUUGGUGCGUCACCGUUGGGAAUUGUUAGCAGCCGACAAGCUCAGAAUGAUUAUCUAAGCCGAUCUUCACCAGUUGCAGAUCAUGUUAACAGAAUCUCCCCGGUGUAUAGUAACACGUCUAGUCCUCAUCGAACUCCACCGCCUCCACAGCGACAAGGUGUUAUACAGCGCCACAACACCAGCGCCAACAGCGGAAACAGUAGUGCAUCCGGAAAUGGAGGUAGUAGUAACAGUGGAAAUACAAAUCCGGUAAUGGUUGCUGGAGGAGGUAUUGCCUCUUCCAAACCACCAAGCCCAGCGCCGCGCUAUCAUUUGCAACCGCCACCGCCGCCUCACCACUACCUUCAAGAUGCAUUUACUUCGUUCGUCGAUCUAGCAGUGCAACAGCCCCCGAUGACAGUUCCCCAUAAAGACGAUGCAAAACGUGCGGCAAUGGAUCAGCAACAACAACAACCGCCCACAAUAUCGGCAGGGUUGUCAAUUUCAUCGACCCAUCCUCACGAUAUGCGAUAUCAGCAUCCUAGCAUGAUCCCAUUCCAUCAUCAACAGCAUCAUCAGCAGCAGCAGUCAAAACAAACGUCGCAAUCGUUAGUGCAAUCACAGCAGUUGCACCAAUCGCAACAGCAAUCCCAACAACAAUUACACCAGCAGCUGCAGUCACAACAGCAAUCCCAACUACAAUCUCAACAACAACACUCACAGCAGCAAGCGCAAGAACAGUCCAAAACGCAACAGCAGGACCAGAAUAAAUUACAGCCUCUGGAACUCUCCAAAGCUCAACCACAGUCGCAGCCACCACCACAGUCCUCUUCACAGCUGCAGUCGCAAUCACAGGCUCAUCAACAAGCGCAAAAUCAGCAACAGUUAUCGCAACAGCAGCAUCAACCGUCACAAUCUCCACAACCGCCGCAUUUGCAACAUCAACAAUCGAAACAGCAAUUGCAACCAAAUCAGUCUCAGCCUCCACAACAACAGGGUGGUCAACAAUCGCAGUCCAAUCCGCAAUCACACCAUUCAGCGCAAUUACUACAGGAAAAUCAAGAUAAUGAUCAUGAACACCAGAAGCAUCAACAGAAGCAACAACAGCUGCAUCAUAUGCAUCAACAACAAGCUGCAGCAGCAGCCGUCGCUCAGCACCAUCUACAAAUGCGACAGCAGCAGGUUGACUUGCAGCGUCGUCAUCAGCAAUCUCCAUUGCAUCCUUCGUUACAACAGCUGGGACCUAUUCCGUCGUAUCAACGGGAUCCUCAUGCUGACCAGCGGGAUCGCCGUGAUGAGCUAAAUUUCCGCGAACGUGUUGAACUCGAGCGCACGAUCAUGGUUGAAAGGGCGGAACGUGAAAGAGAUCGCGAACGUGAACGAGAGCGUGAACGUGAUCGUGAUCGUGAGCGAGAAAGGGAACGCGAUCGUGAGCGGGAGCGCGAACGAGAACGGGAGCGUGAUCGCGAUCAUCGUGAGCGACGUGAGAUGGAACGUGAACAACAGGCACGAGAACAACUUCAUCGCGAACGUGAACGUCUUGAUCGGCAUCAAGAGGCAGAAGAACGUCGAAGAAAGCAACACUAUGAUGGAUUUUUACCAGAUCGACGAGAUAGGGCAAUUGAAUUAAUGAGCGCUCGGACUACUUCAGACGGUUCGCUUACAGCAGCAAAUUUAAUUGAUGCUAUCAUAACACAUCAGAUCAGUCAAACGGCUGUCGAGCCACCUCCAAUGCCGUCAAUACGUGAUCCUCUCAGAACACCCUACUUUACCUCACGUGAUCAGCGUUCCAUGGCGAUGCAGCAGGUGAUCAGUGAAAAUAAUGGUAGUAAAUCUCAUUCUCCCAACGUCAUAAACGUUGAUUUGGAUUCGGACAACGUACAUCCGCAUCAUAGGCGGGAUAGUGGCGGCAUGAGUGGCAAUAGUCUCAGUGGUGUGAAAAACAUCACACUUGGCGAGUUGACCGAAUCGAUCAUAGCAAAGGAUUACUCACCGAAUCCGAAUCCAUAUCUAUCGUUACGACCACCAAUGAUACCGUACGGUACAGCAGCAGCAGGCAACCCUGGUGCGGAAGCGAUUUUAGCUGCCGAUCAAUGGAAACACCGACGACCAACGUCGAUGGCAACGUCAGGCAAGGAAGAACAAAUGCAACGUGGUGGUGGUGGUGGUGGUGGUGGUCACGAAGUUCAAAAAGGUCCAGGUCGAGUAACACCUGAAGAUCGGCAUAUUAUACGAUUGGCGCAAUCGCCCGGGCCGAGGAAUAAGUUUCAUGAAUCCGUUUCACCUGACGCGCCACAAUUCUUCCACCCGGGGCCGCAUUUGGGACGUGUGGGAGGAGCAGGAGGUCCUCAUGUAGGAGCCGGUGGUCGGGAUAAUUUUGUGCUAGAUUUUUACGUAAAAAAUCGUAUCGUCGAGGCAAUGCGUACGGAGGACGAAAAGCGUGCAGCAUCCGAUUCAUCGAUGGUAGUAGUGGUUGAUGGAGGCAAUAGUGGCAAUCGAAAUGUCGAUCGGCAGCAAUCUUCUCCCCGCAGUUUUCAAAAUCUCUCCCCGCAUCACACCCAACCAACGUCAGCUCAUCACCUCGUAAAGGACAUGGGUUUGGUUGAUCGUAGCGGCACUCCGGCGUCUGGAGGAAGCGAUGGACAGCAGCAGUCUCUCCAUUCUUCGACUGAAGAACAAAAACAAAACCAGCAGUAUCCGCCACAUUCUACAACAUCAUCCUUACUGGCAACAUCAGGCUCCACCACAACGAGCCCGGCGAUCGUUCACAAUACGUACCAUCAGCAACCGUUAACGACCUUCACUACGCCGCCCACAUACGCGUAUCCGUUUAGUGCUCUAACGGUCGCCAGUGGGGCACCGCCCACUCCCUCUUCUUCCUCAUCUGCAGCUACAUCGUCUACAACUUCUAUAGCAUCAACGAUAGGAACUGGCGGUAGUGGAGGUAGUAGUGUCGCUGGUAUGAAAUCAAUCAAUGCCGGUAUGAUUCUCACCGGAAGCGGUGCUGGAGUUGGUGGAAAUAAUUCUAUUGGAGUGAACAGUACUGGCGGAGGUAGCGGUCCUGGUGGUGUAUUGACAGAUGAUCGUCAUACUGCCUCGGCCCUAGAACCAAAGCCUCUGUUAUCUGCGCAGUACGAGGCACUCAGUGAUGAGGAUUAA